AUGGAAUACCUGGUGGUGACUGGAUCAGGUGUGGAAGUGUUUGCCUCUCUGGGUAAGGACGUUGUCCUGAGCUGCGAUGUUGAUUCCCAUGUGGAGAUUACGGAGGUCACCUGGAGAAAACCAGAUGAGGACAUCACAGUACUGCAAUACCGACACGGUGACCUCCUCCCAGACUCCUCACAUCACAGAUAUCGAGGGAGAGCUGCAUUCUUCACAUCAGAGAUCUCCAAAGGCAACUUCUCACUGAGACUAAAGGACAUCAGGACUGAAGACAAAGGAGAGUACGUCUGUGAUGUACACAUCAGCAGUCACACUGGGAAAGCAACUGUAAGGAUAAGUAUAUUGGGUUUCCAACUCCAGGGUCCCUCUGGUCCACUUGCUGCCCAGCUGGGAGGCUCUGUCCUGCUGCCCUGUGCUGCUGAAUCCCCCCUGCCUCUGGAGGAGCUGGAGGUGGAGUGGAGAAGAGCAGACUCUGGUGCCCUGCUGCACCUCUUCCAGGAGGGAGAGGAGAGACCAGAGUCACAGGAUCAAGCAUACAGGGGACGAGUGGACUUCUUCCCUGUGGACAUGGACAAAGGAAACUUCUCCAUCCUUCUCAAGAAUGUGUCAGAAGGGGACAUUGGAGUUUACAGCUGCAAGGUUUACACUGAACACGAGGCAAAGGAAGUGAGAGUUGACCUUGUGAGAGUUGAAUACCCGGUGGUGACUGGAUCAGAUGUGGAAGUGUUUGCCUCUCUGGGUGGAGAGGUUGUCCUGAGCUGCCAUGUUGAUUCCCAUGUGGAGAUUACGGAGGUCACCUGGCGAAAGGCAGAUCAGGAGGUCACCGUACUGAAAUACCGACACGGUGAUGUCCUCCCAGAUUCCUCACAUCACAGAUAUCGAGGGAGAGCUGCGUUCUUCACAACAGGGAUCUCCAAAGGCAACUUCUCACUGAGACUAAAGGACAUCAGGACUGAAGACAAAGGAGAGUACAUCUGUGAGGCCCACACCAGCAGCCACACAGGGAAAGCAACUGUAAGGAUACUUGUACUGGGUCUCUCCCCUCUGCACUGCCUAGUCUUGGCCUGCUCUGUUGGAUCAUUUGUGGUAACCAGUGUGGCUCUUGUACAUUUCAUGACCAAAGGUUACAGAGCCAUGCAGGAUCUAGCUAGUAAGACACUUUUCAAACUGUUUCUUGGAAAGAUGGACCAUUAA